AUGUCGCAGUUCUACAUUGAAAACAAAAAUGUUGGCAACAAGGCCGACUCUGAGGAUUGGAGAAUUCGAGGCUACAACCCUCUCACGCCGCCCGACCUGCUGCAGCACGAAAUCCCCCAGACCACGGCUUCCAAGAGGACCGUUAUCGAAUCAAGAGAUGAAGUCGCCGCCGUGGUAAACGACACGGACGAGCGAAAACGUCUGCUCGUCGUCGUCGGCCCCUGCUCCAUCCACGACCCCGAAGCCGCCCUCGCCUACUGCGACCUCCUGCUGCAGGCUCGCGAAAAGCACAAGGGCGAGCUCCUCAUCGUCAUGCGCUCGUACCUCGAGAAGCCCCGCACCACUGUUGGCUGGAAGGGCCUCAUCAACGACCCCGACAUCGAUGGCAGCUUCAAGAUCAACAAGGGCCUGCGCCUGGCCCGCCAGCUCUUCGUCGACCUGACCGCCAAGGGCAUGCCCAUUGCCAGUGAGAUGCUGGACACCAUCUCCCCCCAGUUCCUGGCCGACUUGCUCUCCGUUGGUGCCAUUGGCGCCCGAACCACCGAGAGCCAGCUGCAUCGCGAGCUGGCCAGCGGCCUGAGCUUCCCCGUGGGAUUCAAGAACGGCACCGACGGCUCGCUAGGCGUUGCCAUUGACGCCAUUGGCGCCGUCAGGCACCCUCACCACUUCCUGUCCGUCACCAAGCCCGGUGUCGUUGCCAUUGUCGGCACCACUGGAAACGAGGACUGCUUUGUUAUCCUGCGAGGCGGCACUCGGGGGACCAACUACGACGCUGCUAGCAUUGCCGAGGCCAAAGCUGCCCUGGAGAAGAAGGGCGUUUCUCCGAGACUCAUGGUUGACUGCAGCCAUGGUAAUUCGCUCAAGGAUCAUAGGAACCAGCCCAAGGUUGCUGCUAAUAUUGCUGAGCAAAUCGCCAAGGGGGAGACUGGUAUCAUGGGUGUCAUGAUUGAGAGUAAUCACAACGAGGGCAACCAAAAAGUCCCCGCCGAGGGCAAGUCGGCCCUCAAGUACGGCGUCAGCAUCACCGACGCCUGCAUCAACUGGCAAGACACCGAGUCUGUCCUCGACGUGCUCGCCGACGCUGUUAAGCAAAGGCGCCAGGUUCUUGGUAUUAACGGACACGCUUAG